AUGUCUGAAAUUAAGGAUGCUGUUAUGAAAAUAAAUGACAUUAAUUUACAAUUAGAUGAAGCAUAUGAAGUGAAUUAUCAAACUAUUAGUAGCAGCCAACAAUUGGUUGGUCACAUAAACGCCGCUUAUAAUGAAGUCAAGCCUCAAACCUCUGUACCUACAACAUCUUCUAAUAUGACUCCUGUUCUACCUAAAAUUGUAUUACCAACAUUUGAUGGUAGUAAAAAACAUUGGCCUGUUUUUUGGGAAACCUUUCAAGGAUUGAUUGACAAUAAUAGAUAUUUGGAUGAUAAUUCGAAAGUAAACUAUCUACUUUCAGCAUUGCGGGGACAUGCAUUAGAAAUGUGUACGGGCAUUAUCCCCACCGCUGCCAAUUAUCAAAUAAUUAAAGAUUUAUUAAAGGAACGCUUUGAAGACAAACGACUUUUAAUGGACACUUAUCUAUCACAGUUAUUAAAUUUUAAACAAUCUAAAUUGGAAUCCGCUGCGCAUUUAAAUUCAUUUUUAGAAGUUUUCGAUACUUCGGUUACUGCUUUGAAGAAUUUAAAAAUUGAUGAUUUGCUUGAUUAUGUUUUAGUUUUUAUCGCACUUUCCAAAUUAGAUUGUGAAACUAGAAAGUUUUUUGAAAUGUCUAUAAAGGGAAACACACUUCCAACUUAUUCUGGUUUCAUCUCUUUCAUUAAAGGCCAUAUUAGAACGCUAUGCAAUUCUUCCUCGUCUGAUGCCUAUAAAGUUAAAACUCAAACUCCAAGUGCAAAAACAAUUUCAAUUAAUCCUCAAAAAUCAGCUAAAAGCACACACAGCUUUGUAGCCAAAAAGGAGGAUAUUUUUAAAUGCCCCGCAUGCACUCAACGUGUGUCACAUAGCAUAUAUCGCUGCAGUCAAUUUAGAAAAUUGUCCCCACAGGAAAGAUACAAAAUCGUUAUGGGCAAAUCAUUAUGUUUAAAUUGUUUAUCCGAUAAACGUAAAAUUAACGUUUGUAAAUCUGAAAAUUUAUGCUCUGUCUGCAAGUCAGAACAUCACACGAUGCUUCAUUUUGACAAUACAAAGUCAUUCAAUUCGAAAACUAGUGAAGAUAAUUCAUCUAUUGAUGUAAAUGUUGUCGAAAAAUCAAAAACAAAUACCAAUGUUACUGCUUGCUCUGCAGUUCGAAAUACAGUAGUAACUAAAACUGUAUUAUUAUCUACCGCAAUAGUGAAUGUACAAGAUAAAUUUGGAAAUAUUCAUAAACUCAGGUUUUUAUUGGAUUCUGCAUCUCAAAGUAAUUUUAUUACCUCCGAAUGUUGUCAAAUUCUAAAUUUACCAAUAGUAAAAGUUUUGACAUCCGUUAUAGGUAUUGGAUCGCAUACGAAAUCAGUUAGAGGUCAAACCAAUAUAUUGGUAUCGUCUAGAUUUGACCCUACUAAAUGUUAUCCAUUAGAAUGCUUAGUUAUAGAUAAAAUCACCAACCAGCUUCCUUCAACAAACAUCGACAUUACGUCCUUUGAACAUUUGAAGGAUUUAUGUUUGGCUGAUGAGACUUUCCAUGUUCCUUCAACUAUACAUGGAAUAAUAGGUGCAUCCAUGUUUGCACAAUUAUUAGGAACAGCUAAAGUUAUUGGCCCUUCGCUCAGUCCUAUAGCUGUUCAUACCCCCUUGGGAUACGUGGUAAUGGGUGAAGUACCUACAUGUUCUGAAACAACUACGACUCAAAACUUCUAUGCUAUUACCACUCCGGUCGAAUCGUUAGUAAAACGGUUCUGGGAACUAGAAGAAGUUCCAGAAUCCUCUAGUCCAAAUCCUGAAGAUAUGGAAUGUGAAAAAAUAUUCACUUCAACCAUAACUAGAGAAUCUUCCGGGCGGUAUACCGUGUGUCUGCCUUUUAAGGAAAAUCCUCAAAGACUAGGUGAUUCAUAUAAUAUGGCACGAAAACGCUUUUUUAAUCUGGAGAAACGGUUCCAAACUGAACCUUCGUUAAAAGAAACCUGUUCGUCGGUCAUUCAUGAUUAUAUUCAACAAAAUCACAUGACAUUGGUUCCUUUAAAUGAUGUGACUUCUCCAAAUUAUUUUAUUCCACAUCAUUGUGUGCGCAAAGUUGACAGUCUUACUACUCCACUCAGAGUAGUGUUUGAUUCAAGUGCGAAGUCCAGUACAUCAGUUUCCUUGAAUGAGUUAUUGCAUACGGGUCCCAAGCUUCAAUCAGAUCUGCAACAAAUAUUAUUGAAUUUUCGAUUAUACUCGAUUGCAAUGAUUGCAGACAUUAAACAAAUGUAUCGCCAAAUAAAUAUUUGCAAAGAGCAUCGUAAGUUCCAGUUAAUAUUGUGGCGUGACUCUCCUGAACUCCUUUUAUCGGUUUAUUCGCUGAAUACCGUUUCUUUUGGAGUAAAGCCAAGUCCAUAUUUAGCUAUUAGAACAGUUCAACAAUUAGAAAAGGACGAGGCUGCAAAUUAUCCUUUAGCUUCUGCGGUUGCAACUCGUGAUUUUUAUGUUGAUGAUUUGGUCUGCAGCGUUGCAAAUAUUAAGAGUGCAGUCACUCUUCAUAAACAAAUGGUGGAGUUAUUCUUGGCUGGGGGUUUUCCACUAGUUAAAUGGUGUUCCAACUCUCCCGAGUUACUUCAUCAUAUUCCAGAGAACCUUCGUUCGUCUCAGUCUAUAACUUUUGAUACGGAAUCCUUAAAAAUUUUGGGAUUAAAUUGGAAUCCUAGAGCAGAUAUGUUCUCGUUUAAUACGGAUAUUUUGACAGCAAAAUGCUCGAAGCGAAAUAUUCUGUCUGCAGUUACGAGAAUGUUUGAUCCUUUAGGUUUUGUAUCACCCGUCGUUCUAUUUGCAAAAAAUUUAAUAAAGGAACUGUGGAAACGCAAACUUAAUUGGGAUGAUGAAGCUCCAUUACCUAUCCAAAAUAGUUGGAAGAAAUUCAUUGAUGAACUGCAUUUAUUGGAACAAUUUAAUGUGCCUCGCCAUCUGCAAAUUAAUUUGAAAAGCCAAAUCGUAUUAAUUGGUUUCGCAGAUGCAAGUGAAACGGCCUAUGGCGCUUGUAUUUAUUUUCGCACUAUAAAUGAUGAAAAGGCUAUUGAAAAUGGCGAUAAUUGUUCCAAAUCACUUAUAACGCUUCGUCCAUUUUUAAAUAAUAAAAUUUUACGCGUUGGAGGACGCUUAACAUUCGCUUCAAUUGGCUGUGAAACUGGAUGUAACAGUUUAAAAUGUGGCUGCCGAAAACAUGGUUUAAAAUGCACAAAUUUAUGCACUAAUUGUCAUGGUUCUGAAAAUUGCUCCAAUAUGGAAGAAAGAAUCUACGAGGAAGUAAAUGAUUCAGAGGAAAUUAUGGAUGAAGAACCAAUGCAGACUGGAAAUAACAUUGGAGACGAAGAUGAUGGUCUUGAAGAUUUCGACGCUCAACUAGAGUUGGAAAGAUUUGUCGAAUCUGACGAUGAAGAAAUGCCUCCAACGAGACAAAAACUAAUGAAUAACUGA